CAUGGGAAUACUCCUAUCAGGCAAAUUGCAUGCGAAAAUUUGGUCGGAUUUUCCACGGCUCAGCCAGAGAUCUUCAAACGCCACCAGCUCUUGCCGAUUCGUGACCUCAAGCUUCUAGUUCUAGAUUAUACAGUGAGUACGCAGCUGUCAUUGAUGGAUUGGCAAUGGUAUUCAAAGUCUCUUGAUGGUUGAUCGUUCUCUCCUAUUUCAACAGCCAAUUGCUAGCAAUGCUUUAACAAUACUCGUCAACCUUUCCGCCGAUAAGGAGAUAUUAGAUAAUCUUGCUUCGGAUGAUGCCUUUCUAGAGAACCUCUUGUUUAAGGUCACAAGCAAUAAGGAGCAGAAUGCGGAUAGCUUUUCAAUGCUGUUCGCCAACUUAGGAAAAUCGGAGAAGAUGAAGAGAAUCCUUACCCUCAAACGCCGGGUCCCAGAAUCCGUGUCGAACUCUGCCCACGCAAUUGACCAGUUGAUGGAUUGUUUUGUCAAAGGCGCCGAUGGUUCUCUGAACAAACAUGCUAAUUAUGACUACUUAUCAUAUCUAUUCGCCGACCUAUCAAAGUCAGAAGAAGGACGGGCCUAUUUUACGACGAGACAGGAUUAUGAUGGGGUCGUCCCUGUAACAAAACUCACUGUUUUUACUGAGCAUGACAGCACAAUCCGGAGGAAGGGGGUUGCGUCGACCAUCAAAAAUGUCGCGUUUGAAAUCCCUUUUCAUCCCACGCUGUUUUCCGAAGAAGAGGCAAACCUGCUUCCUUAUUUACUCUUACCGAUCAUGGGCCCAGAAGAGUUUUCGGAAGAGGAGGCUGCAGAUAUGUUGCCAGACCUCCAGCUGCUACCUCCCGACAAGAAGAGGGACAGUGACAAUAGCAUUAUUGUUACACAUCUUGAAACCCUCCUCUUGCUGACUACCACACGAGAAGGGCGAGAUAAGAUGCGAUCCAUCAACGUAUACCCAAUAGUCCGAGAGUGUCAUUUACGCGUCGACAAUGAUGACGUCCAAGAGGCCUGUGACAGACUAGUCCAGGUUUUGAUGCGAGAUGAGGAAGGUGAGGGCAAGCCUAUUGCAUUGCCAGAGCAAGACGAGGACCAGAAGGUUGUGGAGCUGUUUUAAGCCCCCCCCCCAUCACUGGUCGAAGUGGUUUACCCCGACGCGUUUUUACUCGCUUAUGCCUCACUUCUUCCUUGAUCUGUCUGGAUUGCGAACCCCCCUCCCAAAGAAACGAAUAAGGUUAUUUUCCGUCUGGCAGAAGAGGAAACCUGCAUAUUAAAAUGAUAAUUCGGAUGCUUGUUGUUUUUACCAAGCCAAUCAUUCAUGCGGGACCGAUGGAGAAGCAGAGCCACUAACCAUUCACUUGUGGAUGGGGCCCAGCAUGGAUGGGAUAAAGAAAUAUUUAAAUUCUAUGACCUAAAAUACGUAUACUAAACAAAGACGGCGAUUUAUUUAUUUUAUUUUUUCAAGUACCUAGGAUUUAUGUAGUUUUGUGGGAAGUCUGAUCAAUUGUGUGUGUGGUGUUGGUGGUUGUAAAUACAUAGC